UUUUAUCCAAAGAAUCCCACAAAAGAAGUCAAUAAACAAGGAACAUGAUUUUCGAUCAUCAACUUGUUCAACAUGACAAAAUCAAGAAUAACCGGAGCUCUGUCUCAGCUUCUUUUAACGGCUGUGAUCUCUCCGAUUUUGGCGGUUUCAAGUUUAUCAGACGGUGGAGAUCAUGAGAGGUUUAAGAGACGCGAUCCUCUCAACAGCUUUAGAUAUUACGACGGAGGUUUCAAUGUUCGAAACAAACAUUAUUGGGCAGCUACUGCAUUUACGGGAAUCCACGGUUACGCCGUCGCCGGAGUGUUGAUUAUUGUCGGUAUAUGUUUGGGACUUUACGUAGCAUUCUCCGACAAAAGAAGACGUGUUUCUUCCACUCGCCGACGAUAUCUCGACCGUUAUUAUCUUCCUCUGUUCUUACUUCUCCUCCUUUUCAUGUUUCUCUCUGUGGUAACGACAGGGAUAGUGAUAGCAGCGAACCAGAGGUCGAAGAACAGAACAGAGGAGAUGAAAGAAACGAUAGACAAAGCAGGAGAAGAUGUUAAUCAAAACAUUCGUACAGUGAUAGUGUCGUUAACGAAGAUACAGUACUUGUUGCUUCCAUACGAUCAGAACACGACUCAUCUUCUCAACGUCACCACUCAUCGACUCGGCAAAGGUUCUCGCCUUAUCCAAAGCUUCCUUCAUCAUAAGGGUCGUUCCAUUGAUCUCGCCAUCAAAAUCUCGUAUGUAUCUCAUCUUAUGAUUACAUCGACCAACUUGUUCCUUCUGCUUCUAGCCUUUUUACCUCUAUUGCUUCACUGGCACCCUGGAUUCAUCAUGGUGAUAUUCUUGUGUUGGAUCAUAACAACUCUUUGUUGGGUUCUAACUGGAUUCGAUUUCUUUAUACACACCUUCGCAGAAGACCUUUGUUCAGCUUUCAAUGGUUUCGUACAAAACCCACGAAAUAGCACACUGACUAAUCUUUUCCCUUGUAUGGAUCCUCUUCAUUCUGAUAAAACCCUAAUCGAGAUAAGCCUGAUGAUUCAUAACUUUAUUACCCAGUUAAACUCAAAAGUAGCAGAGUCAAUGCGUUCUAAUGCGUUGACUGAUCGGAGCAAUACUGUCUCGUGGGCGCCUGAAUCUGGAAUCAUAUGCGAUCCGUUUGUCGGACAACAGAUUAACAGCUACACACCACAAAGCUGCUCCAAUGGCGCCAUUCCAAUCGGCGAAUUCCCAAAUAUCCUUUCGAGAUUCACAUGCCACGACAAAGAUCCACCGGAAACUUGCAGAAUCACCGGAAAAUUCAUCCCGGAAGCAGCUUACCUAAAGGUCUAUGCUUACAGCAACUCAGCACAAGGCAUGCUAGACAUUUUGCCUUCUUUUCAAAACCUAACAGAAUGCCUUGCCGUGAAAGACACGUUAUCGAGCAUCGUCUCUAACCAAUGUGAUCCCUUUAGGGCUUCGAUGUAUCGCCUUUGGGCAUCGAUCCUUGCUCUGUCUCUUAUCAUGGUGGUUCUAGUUUUGCUCUUCCUCGCUAAAGCUUUCCAGGAGAAAGGAAAGAGUUUUGCUUGGUUUUCUAUUCAUCCAACUUCUUCUGCAGAAAUACGACAAGUGAAUAUAUAGUGGUUAGUAAGUGUAUAUAUAUACUAUACUGUUUUUUAAUAGUUAUUUACACAUUUAUAAAAAAUAUAUCAUUGAAAGAUGGAGAGUGAUUAAGAAAUGUAAAUAUGACAUUGUAUCAAACAUUUGUAAUAAGUGACUCAACUGUAGUAUUUGUCUACAUUCAAUAAUAAUUCACU